AUGGCAGAGAAGGCUGACCUCAGGACGCGCUGCUUUCGGCCGGGGAUACCAACGGGCGCUCGGCUUGGGGACUUGCGGGCCCUGCCCUGCCCUGCCCUGGAAGGUCCCCGCAGGGAGCGCCGGUGCAGCCCGUCCCGGAACACGCGCCCUGCCGAGCGUCCGAACCGGGCUCGCCUCUCUCCGGCCCUGGCGGGCGUGCAGCAUUCCGGGCCCUCCAGGCUUGCUUCGGGGGGCGCCUCGGCUGCUGCUCCGUGCAUGCCUUGGACCGGGGCUCUUCUGGCGCGCCCCGAAGGCAAAGAAGAACCAUUGGAAGAGACGCAAGAGCACUGGGAAGCCCAGCAGCAGGAGUUCCUGGAGACAGGGCGCCCCGUUCACACAACAUGUGGAAACCCAGGGCUGUCAGAGGCUGCCCCCUGGGAAGAUGCCAAGGCCUUCCUGGCCUCCUUCGAGCAAGUGGCCAAGGCCUUUCGAUGGCCUAGAGGGGAGUGGGCAGCUCGACUCUUGCCGACAUUGAGUGGGGAGGCAGAGCAGGCCUUUCGAAGCCUGGAGGCCGGAGAUCAGGAGGACUACGGGAAGGUGAAGGCCGCCAUCUUGCGAGGGGAGGCCCUGAGAAGGGAGGUGCAGCGCCAGCUCUUCCGGCAGUUCUGCUGCCAGGAGGUGGAGGACCCCCGGCGGCUGCACCGGCAGCUCCAGGAGCUGUGCCGGCAGUGGCUGAAGCCGGAGCGGCACAGCAAGGAGCAGAUCCUGGAGCUGCUGAUCCUGGAGCAGUUCCUGGCCAGCCUGCCGCCCGACCUCCAAGGCUGGAUGCGAGCACUUAGCAGGCCCUUCAAAGCCUGGAGGCCAGAGAUCAAGGAGAUUAUGGGAAAGUGA